UUGUCUGUUCUGUUGCUUGAGAAGAGAUAAAGUAAAGGGACACUUAGUCGGUCUGGAUGAGCCAGCUUCGGGAGCUGGGCAAGAAGCUCUGCUUAAACAAGAGCAAGCAAAAAUCAUUCGAUUCGAGAGACAAGCAGAAGAGUUCCUCAAUGCAGUCUUUUGUAGAAAAGACAGUCCCUGGGUCUCCGACCCCAAUAUUCCCCUAGUGGCCCGUGAGAUCAUGCAGCGAAUGAUCCAACAAUUUGCUGCUGAAUAUACCUCAAAAAAUAGCUCUACUCAGGACCCCAGCCAGCCCAAUAGCACAAAGAACCAAAGCCUGCCGAAAGCAUCUCCAGUCACCACCUCUCCCACGGCUGCAACUGCUCAGAACCCUGUGCUCAGCAAGCUUCUCAUGGCUGACCAAGACUCACCUCUGGACCUUACUGUCAGAAAGUCUCAGUCAGAACCUAGCGAACAAGACGGUGUACUUGAUCUGUCCACUAAGAAAAGUCCGUGUGCUGGCAGCACUUCCCUGAGCCAUUCUCCAGGCUGCUCCAGUACUCAAGGGAACGGUGAGAACUCAGCAGAGGCAAUAGCAGUACACUCUAACCAUCAGUCGAAGUCCCCACUGGAGAAGUUUAUGGUCAAACUGUGCACACACCAUCAGAAGCAGUUCAUUCGUGUUCUGAACGAUCUGUACACUGAGUCUCAGCCCGGCUCUGAGGACCUGCAGUCUUCUGAUUCUGGAGCCAUGGACGCCUCCACCUGCGAUGCUGGCUGUGCCCAGCUCGGCACCAGACAUACAGAAAAGGAUGCUCUGUGUCUCAACAUGAAGUCUUCUACUUCUGUAGACUUGCCCAUAGACUCUGGAGGCUCCCACAGCCCUCCACAUUUGACAGAGCAGGCCCUAAAGGAGCCUCCGCCUGAGAUAAAUUCUGUAGAUGGAAGAGAGAAGACUCUGACUAUUGUCCAAAAAGAUUCCUCUGAACUUCCAACCACUAAACCUAAUUCAAUGGAUAAUUCCACUCUGGGAUACCUCACUGCACCGAAUUCUUCCUCAUUAAACUUCCACCGCAUCUCUAAGAACUCGGAGGGGCAGACCACUGAACAGGAGCCAGACACAGGUGUGAAAAUAUGUGAAGAUGGUAAAGACCACGUGCAGAGCGCAGCUUUAGUAGAAAACCUAAUUGCAGUAAAAGCGGCAGCUGAAAAUAAUGAGGAGAGCGACAGCUGUAUUGUUUCUCAAAGAAAUUCAUUCAAAGCUUUAUCAGAAGAGGCUUGGGACUCAGGGUUUAUGGGGAAUUCACCUAGAACUGCUGACAAAGAGAAUGCUUUACAGUGUAGCUCAAAAACACCUUUACGCCAGGACUUAGAGGCAUGUGAACAAGAUUCAAGGCCAAAGCAAGAGAACCAUCUUCACUCCCUAGGAAGAAAUAAAAUGGGUUACCAUUUACAGCCCAAUGAUAAGAGCCAGUUUGAUCAUUCCAAAGAUGGUUGGUUAGCCCCCAGCCCCAUGCCACCUGUACACAAAGCAUCGAAUGGACACUCACGAACCAAGAUGAUAUCCACCUCCAUUAAGACAGCUCGGAAAAGUAAAAGGGCAUCAGGGUUGAGGAUAAAUGAUUAUGAUAACCAAUGUGAUGUCGUUUAUAUCAGCCAGCCAAUAACAGAAUGCCACUUUGAGAAUCAAAGAUCGAUAUUAUCUUCUCGGAAAACAGCCAGGAAGAGUACUCGAGGAUACUUUUUCAAUGGCGAUUGUUGUGAGCUGCCAACCGUUCGCACGCUGGCCAAGAAUUUACACUCCCAAGAGAAAGCAAGCUGCUCAACUGUGGCAUCAGAGGCAGUGGUCACUCCCAAGCGGACCCUUGUCACGUCAGCACCUCAACCUACAGUAGAAGUAGAGCAUCCCAGAGAAGACAAGCCCGAAGAACCUAAUAAAGAAACAGCCCCUCUCACGGAAGGAGACAGAGGUGCGUCACCUGAAAAGGAACCUCAAGAGCCAGAGGCUUGCCUCGUGACGAAUAACGCAAACCCAAGUGGCUCCCCCACAUCAAAAGAAACAGCAGCCUCCAGCCCGGUGUGUCCCCUCCCUGCUCAUCUUCCUGAAGAGGACCCACCAGAAGGCAGCUCCAUGGCCUCAGCUCCCCCGGGAAGUGAGAUGUCUUCCCCUGAACGAGACCAGCAGCCAGCUGAACUGCUGAGUACAGAGGAGAUGAGUGUACCCCAGGACUGUUCCCUACUUCCCUCCACAGAGAGCAUUUCUGAGGGAGACAGUGACGAUGUUGCCCCCAGGCCUGUUUCCCCUCCUGAAACAGCAGAGAGAGAGGAAAGCCCUCUGUGUUCAGAAAGUCAAAGUCCCUCCGCGGGCUUGGAUCCUCCCAUGAGCCCAGGAAAGGCCGAGGAAGAGCCAAGUGUCGCUACUGAGGCUGAGACCGAAGACACUCAGGAGCUAGAUACCGACCCACUCUCGAAGGAGAGCAGCACUUUGACAAAUGAAAACCCCAGUGAAAUUGAGGACAGUGAGGCAGCAGGUGGUACAGAAAAAUUAGAGGAAGAGGACGGUGAUGUGAAACAUCCUUCAGAAAAAGAUGCAUGCGAUCAAAACACCGAGUCACCUGAAGAAAAUCUGGACAAGAAGAAGAAAGGUAGAAAAUUCCCGGAGGCCUCUGAUAGGUGUCUCCGAAGUCAACUUGCAGAUUCUUCCUCUGCCGAGAGGUGCCUAAAAAAUCAAAGUUCAGAUUCUUCCUCUCCUAGUGCUGACAUCAAGGUUUCUAAAAGUUCUGGUGCAAAACGCUCUAAAAAAGAAGGGCACCCUGUUGGGACAACACCCGAGAGCUUCCUUACUGAAGGCUGCCAGGCAAAAGCUCCGGGAGACACUGAAAACCCAAUUGUCAACGAAAAGACCCCUGAGAAAGACAUUGAGCAGGAGGUUGAAGGGGGUCGGGUGAUCACCAGGCAGACUUUUAAAAACAUGCUGGUGAAAGAAGUCAAGGGGGAAGAAGGAAGUAUUUUCCCCAGCAGUGAUCCCUUAGCCGCAGUUGGCCAGCCCCAGCCUGGAGAGAAACUGGAAAUCUAUGUUCAGUCUAAAUUAGAUGAGAACAGUACUCAAGAGCCCUCUGAAAGCAUUCCUUAUACUUUCCCAGAACAAUCACAGGGGAAGCCAGGACCUGUUCCUGCACAGGAGACGGAGGAGGCCGUGAAUGAAAUAGACAGUACUGACAGCCAGCAUAAAGAUGGUGAUAGUGAUGACGUGCCGCCUAGCACGCUGGGAUCAUCAAGUAGUGGAAAUGAUGACACAGCAGUGCCCCCAAAAUGGGCCCCGAGGCUUACAAGACUGACCUCCUCCACCUACAACCUAAGACACACUCAUUCUCUGGACUCUUUGAAUACUAUAAAAGUGACUUCCGAAAAGGAAGCAGCGCAAGGAAGCCCAAUCCCAAAGGAAAAUGCAGCUUCCGAGAGUGGAGACCCCAUUGAUGAGGGUGACGUGGACACCGUGGUGGAUGAGCCGCCGAAGUUUGUGGAAUGGUGUGCUGAGGAGGAGAACCAAGAGCUCAUUGCCAACUUCAAUGCCCAGUACAUGAAAGUUCAGAAGGGCUGGAUCCAGCUGGAGAAAGAAGCCCAGCCAACGCCAAGGGCAAGGAACAAGUCCGAUAAGCUGAAGGAGAUUUGGAAAAGCAAGAAAAGGUCACGGAAAUGUCGGGGUUCACUGGAGGUUCAGAAGUUUUCUCCUAUUCAGAUGCUGUUUAUGACAAACUUUAAAUUAUCUAAUGUCUGUAAGUGGUUCCUAGAGACGACUGAAACCCGCUCUCUGGUCAUUGUGAAGAAGCUCAAUACUCGUCUCCCAGGCGACAUCCCACCCGUCAAGCACCCUCUUCAGAAGUACCCUCCUUCCAGCCUGUACCCCAGUUCACUACAGGCUGAACGCUUGAAAAAACACUUGAAGAAAUUUCCCGGAGCUACUCCUGCCAAGAACAAUUGGAAAACACAGAAGCUCUGGGCUAAAUUUCGAGAGAAUCCUGACCAAGUGGAGCCAGAGGAUGGCAGUGGCAUGAGCCUCAGCUCCAGUCCUGCAGAGAGUGUAGAGGAGACCAAGGAAGGCAGAAGCAGCCAUCCUCCCACCAGCUCACCGACCCCAGCCAGUACCCGCAUCCUUAGGAAAUACUCCAACAUUCGAGGAAAGCUCCGAGCCCAGCAGCGUUUGAUCAAGAACGAGAAAGUCGAAAGCCCACUUGGUCCGGCUGUGGAAAGCAAACAGAGUUGCAAGAGUGUGUGCAUCAACCCUCUGAUGUCCCCCAAGCUCGCCCUGCAAGUCGGUGCAGAUGGGUUUCCCAUUAAGCCCAAGAGCACCGAUGGAACGAAGGCAAGGAAAGGGAAGCAGGUGCCUGAGGUCUUGCCAAAAGCCGAGGUUCAGAAUAAACGCAAGAGGACAGAAGGCGGCAGCACUCAGGACAGGAAGGACAAAGGGCCUGCGAUGAAGGCCAGCAAAGAAAAGCAUGUUGAUGGGUCCACCAGAAUCUCCGCUGCCAAGAAGCCAGCCGCAAGGGACAGAAGCAGCCAGCUGCCCAAAAAGACAUCUUCAAAAGAGAAUAAAGUGAAGAUCCCUAAAAAAUCACCUGGGAAGAGCUGCCCGCCCUCCAGGAGAGAAAAAGAGAAUGCAAACAAAAGGCCUACCCAGCCCUCUGCCUCCGAUCCAGUGACAAAAUCUGCCAAGCAAAAAGGGGCAGGUGAGUCCUCUUCCAGGCCACAGAAAACCACAAACAGAAAGCAGAGCAGUGGAAAGACUCGGGCCAGACCCUCAACAAAAUCCCCAGAGAACAGUGCGGCCCAGAGAAAGCGAAAGCUGAAGGCGAAGCUGGACUCUUGCCACAGCAAACGGAGGCGGUUGGAUGCAAAGUGAUUCGCAGGGCGGUAGCCCAGAGUUAAAACUGUUCUAUAGAAGUAACCCUUUAUUUUGCAUUAACUAAAUCUGCUUUUAUAAGCU